ACCUUUUUUUCACGAGUCAUGAAUCAUGAUGCAGAGAUCUGAGUCUGACUGUUGGUUGAAUUUUCGUUCUUUUGGUUGUGAGUGGUGACUUCAACAGCAAAAAGGUAUGCGGGCCGGCAGAUGAUGCACCAAAUAGCCCUUCUCUUCAACGACGUGCAUAUCAGACAUUUUUUUAUUUUUUGCAAUUUUCAUCAUCAAUUUCAAUACACAACAAGAGAAUUCCCUCUCUGUAUGUCAAAAUAAUCCCAGGGUACCACGCUCCACAUAGCAGCUGACAACUCUCUGUUGGGGAGAGAAUUCAGAGGGAGCUUCUGUGAGCUAAAAGGAUGAUCGCUAGAGUUCCUCUCUAAGAUGAUAAGGUUUACAUUUUAGUGAAAUGGAGCGGAAAAAAGUAGAGGAGUUUGAACCAGGACCAGUUCCACCUGCAAGACCAGUGGACAGAUUUGGAUUUUUUGUGCCAGAAGAGAACAACAGUUCCCAAGGUUCAAUCAAGAACAACAGUUCCCAAGGCUCAAUCACUAAAAAGGUUAUCAAUGAACAAGAAAGGGAGGAAAGAAGGAUCAGAAAGUGGAGGAAAAUGAUAGGAGUUGGCGGAAGUGAUUGGAAGCAUUAUGUUAGAAGAAAACCUCAGGUGGUGCUAAGGCGUAUUAGAAAGGGAAUUCCUGAUUGCUUACGGGGUCUUGUUUGGCAGUUGAUCUCAGGUAGUCGGGAUCUCUUGCUAAUGAAUCCGGGUGUAUACGAGCAACUAGUACUAUAUGAAACAUCUACAUCAGAACUGGACAUAAUUCGAGAUAUUUCCCGAACUUUUCCAUCACAUGUUUUCUUUCAGCAGAGACAUGGACCAGGUCAAAGGUCGUUGUACAAUGUUCUGAAGGCAUACUCUGUGUAUGACAGAGAUGUUGGUUAUGUUCAGGGAAUGGGAUUUUUAGCUGGUCUUUUGCUUCUGUACAUGAGCGAGGAAGAUGCAUUCUGGUUAUUGGUGGCUUUGUUGAAAGGAGCUGUUCAUGCCCCAAUGGAGGGAUUAUAUUUGGUGGGACUGCCGUUGGUACAGCAAUACCUCUUUCAGUUUGAACAAUUGGUGAGAGAGCAUUUGCCAAAGCUAGGGGAACAUUUUAUUGAGGAAAUGAUAAAUCCAAGCAUGUAUGCUAGCCAGUGGUUCAUAACCGUCUUUUCUUACUCCUUCCCUUUCAAUUUGGCUCUUAGAAUAUGGGACGUCUUUCUUUACGAGGGUGUUAUGAUAGUUUUUCAAGUUGGUUUGGCGUUGUUGAAAUUUUGUCACGACGACUUGGUAAAGUUACCUUUUGAGAAACUAAUUCAUGCCCUCCGAAACUUUCCCGAGGAUGCAAUGGACCCAGAUACAAUACUGCCGAUGGCGCACGCAAUCAAGGUAUCAAAACGGCUAGAAGAGCUGAAGCAUGAAUACAGGAAGAAAAACGAGAAACCAAUUCUACGUGCAGAAUCCAGUUCUAGUCCUGUCGCUCAGAAGCAGUUCUCAGGAAAAUGCUUUUCUAAUUCAAUGAUAAGCAGGAGUCCAUCACUUGAAGAGUCGUCAGCUCAAGGUAAUCAACCACCUGCAACACCACGCAGUUGGAGGGGACGAAGAUUGUUGAGUAGAAACAGCACAAAGAGCCGAUCAGUAAAAGAAUAACAGGGCAACCAAUUUUUUAUACGGUGUGUACAAAUCAGAAUGUAGAGGAAAAACCAGUCCUGGUUUCUAUAUUUAUUUAUUUUUCCAUCACAAAUCAAAAUCAUAUCAUCAAAAGUGUGUACAACAGACUCUCGAUUAGGAAAACCAUGGCGAACCAUGACAUUGUGUUGUUAUCUUUCACCUGUGUUGUUUCCUAUAUAGUUGAUGAAACAGUGAAUAUAAUGGAAGAAACUUUCCCUUUUCAGAGUUC